GCACUAAAGCUACAAAAGGUAAAGCAGUACGUACUAAAACUGCGAACUGUAAACUUGUGGUUGGCAGGUUUAGGCAAUACGAAUAUUUGAGAUUAACUCAAGUUACCAUCCACUGAGUAACCAACUUGCACUUGCUGAGUAGUUGAUUAAGGGAAUAUACUUCACCAAGAUGCCUCAGCCCGAAACCAUUGUAGUUGUCGGAGCUGGAGUGAUCGGCCUUAGCACUGCUCUGUGUAUUCAGCAGCAUUUGACGCCCUUGCAAUCGGUCGUCAUCGUUGCUCGGGAUUUUCCCAAUACCACUUCAAUCAAUUAUGCCACUCCUUGGGCAGGUGCCCAUUAUCGCCCUGUACCUGGCCAAACUCCCCAAAUAGUCCAGGAGGCAGCCUGGGCAAAACGAACGUACGACGUAUUCCAACACAUCGCCGCUGAAGAGCCCGCUGCGAGUGGUGUGCAGUUUUUGCCUGGAGAGGAGUAUUUGCAGAAGCCGCCACCGGAGUAUCUGGAUGCGGUGGCGGAUGUUUCGAAGAGCGCUUAUGGGCAUCUUCAGGGGGGGUUCGAGCGACUCAGCCUCGAUGAGAUUCAAAAUUCUGCUGUGCGUCUAGGCAUUCGGUACUGGACGUACUGCGUUAACUCGCCCGUGUACGCAGCAUAUUUGUUACGGAAGUUUGUCCUCAAAGGCGGCCGGACUAGAGGAUAUACGCUGGCUGCGCUAGACGAAGCCUUUUUGUUAGAGCCGAAUGUGACUACAGUGGUUAAUUGUUCUGGUAUGGGCUUUGGAGAUCCGAAGUCGUUCAUCAUUAGAGGUCAAACUUGUCUUGUCCGCAACAGCUGCUCGAAGACCAUCACCCAUCAAAAUUCCGAUGGAUCCUGGUCAUUCGCGAUCCCUCGGCCGCUCGAGGGUGGUACUAUCAUUGGUGGCACCAAACAGCCCCAUGAUUGGAAUCCGAACCCCAUGCCGGAAAUCCGACAGACUUUAUUGUCAAACGCAGCAAAGUGGUUUCCUUUUGCCUCUAGUACGCCACAGACCUUUGAUGUAGUUAGGGACAUUGUGGGACGCCGGCCAGCGCGGGAGGGCGGGUUUAGGCUCGAAGCUGAAACUAUUGGUGUGGUAGGUGCAGAUGGAUGUAAUAGAACUCGUAAUGUUAUCCAUGCGUAUGGCAUUGGAGGCAGAGGAGUCGAAUUAUCUUGGGGGAUUGCUGAGGAUGUCGCAGGAUUAUUGCUGGGGAAGGGAAUAAUAACGGAGAAGGCAUUGUUGUAGUCUAUUGAAAGCAUUGAGCAAGAGGUUUUGGAUUGCAACUCGAUGCUACUGUUAUGGAUUUAAACUCAUGAGAUCUAGUGCCUAAUUCCUUCUCUAAUUGUCUGGCAAAGGGUUACAGUUAUCAAAAGCUAUUCUGUUUGCCGUUGUGGAGUGGAUCUACGGCUUGUGGUGUACCUCUAGGAUAGAAAUAAAUACGGCACCUUACUUACGUCUUAUUUUAAUAAC